CCUUCCAGCUCUCGAGCGAGUGCUGACGUGCGUACGUGCGGCGAGGUUCGAGGAAACUUUUCUCAAAAUCAACCGAGCCCCGAUUAUACUUCCGAGAGGGGAGCUUUCAUUUUUCCAUCCUUCGAAAAUAAUCGUGAAUCGGUAAAAUGACACUGGAUGUGAUGGACCAAGUUAAGUUCACGGAACGGCGUAACGGUCUCCUGUACAAUUCAAGUCCUGCUCAUACAAUCGAGGAUAUGUCCAAUGUUUCGAUUGAUUUCCAUCAGACCAACACCAAUAUAUCGCGGGUACACGGCUAUACGAGUGAUUUGUACGAAGAAUUGAAUCGGAAAUCCAUGAUAUAUUUGAAUCUGGAUGCUCACUGCGUUCGAAGAGCUGCAACCGAAUCGGAGUUUGACACGCUAAGUUACGAUACAGACCGGUUAUCGAGCAGGAAAUCGCUAUUCGUCAGCGACGACAUGGACGUCGACAAGGACGAGUGGAGAACGAUACCAACGGAAAAAUGGAGAAAAGAGGACACGCAGCAGUGGCUGAUGUGGGCCGGUAUGAAAUUAGGACAAGCCUACGGAGCAACAUCCUGUGCCCUGGUGAUGUCGGGAGUGGAAAUUGUUAACCUGACGUGUCGUGAUUUCGUCAACCUCGAUCCGGACUUUGGGGAGAAGCUCUACGACUUGUUGCCCAAGACGCGAGAUUCCAAAAGCCCUCCUUUACCGUUCGAAGUCUACCAAACGUCUGACGACGACUCCAUUCUCAGCAACAAUCGUUCCGAUGGGGAAUCGAUAGGUGGCUUGGAGUGCGUUAAAAAGCGGCCACCCGGUAGGCCGCGUAUUUUGGGCCCAAAGGUGAAAACUGCAGAAAAACUGAAGAUCUGGCAAUUUAUACAAGCCUUGUUAUGCGAUCCAAAGUAUUGCCCGAAACUGAUAUGCUGGGAAAAUUACGCAGUCAAGAGAUUUCGCUUCGUUAACAGCGACGCAGUGGCCAAGCUUUGGGGAAAACGUAAGAAAAAUCCACACAUGACGUACGAGAAGUUCAGCCGUGCUAUGAGAUACUAUUACAAGAAAAACAUAUUGGUGGCAGUACCUCAACGACGGCUUGUUUAUGAGUUCGGCGACAAAGCAACGGGAUUCGAUAGCGACAAUCCAAUCCUGAACAAAUCUAUCUUCGAGGCAGAAUCAGAGACAUCGUACCAAAGAAGAAAGGAAAUGAAGAUGUUUCCGAAAUCGGAUUCUCAUCUUACACCAACGUGACAUUCCCAUUUCGAACCCAUCGGAGGUACAAACGACUUAGCUGCUUCGGUCUUAGAAAAUACUUUCCGAGAUUUCGUCCACCGGUUGGAACACCAUUUGUUCAUGGCUCAUAGUCACCAAUGGGGCGUUCAUUGUUCGAGUUGAAGAACCGAUUUAUUCGAGCAAAAAGAGCCAGCCUUACAGUAUUGUUAUAUGUGCAAUAAUUUAUUAUAUGUUGUUACAAGUUGUCAGAUGUUAGGCAUAGGUAAACCUAUACCUAUUCAGCAGCAGUGAACAUUAUCGAUUCCAUACUCAAAUUAAAAUUGUGAUUGCGCAACGUGAAAUCAAAAUUUCUCCAAGUGCCUUAUUAGUGUAGGAUGUAGCUCAUGUGUCAUACCCCGUGUCACAUAUUGAUUUAGAAUUUCAUAUUUGCCGAGUACGUGUACAAUAUUAGGAUAGGUAUGUGUUUUUAACGUAGCUACAACGGUAUAGGAUCACAGUUUUAUAAUUUUUAUCAGAUUGUAAAUUAUCAAUUUCUAUGAGUAUAAAAUAAGAGUUCCCAUCACAUGUAUGCAUAUGUAUGUAUAUUGUACAUAAUAAUAGACUAAGUUCUUAUAUGUA